AUGCUGUACUCAGGCGAUCAUGACACACUACAUAAGAUGAGGAUGCUGACCUACCUGAAAAGUAACUUAGGGCUCGAUGAUGAAGAGCAACAAGUUAUAUGUCCCCAGAGUAACUUAGGGCUCGAUGAUGAAGAGGAACAAGUUAUAUGUCCCCAGAGUAACUUAGGGCUCGAUGAUGAAGAGGAAAAAGUUAUAUGUCCCCAGAGUAACUUAGGGCUCGAUGAUGAAGAGGAACAAGUUAUAUGUCCCCAGAGUAACUUAGGGUUCGAUGAUGAAGAGGAACAAGUUAUAUGUCCCCAGAGUAACUUAGGGCUCGAUGAUGAAGAUGAACAAGUUAUAUGUCCCCAGAGUAACUUAGGGCUCGAUGAUGAAGAGGAACAAGUUAUAUGUCCCCAGAGUAACUUAGGGCUCGAUGAUGAAGAGGAACAAGUUAUAUGUCCCCAGAGUAACUUAGGGCUCGAUGAUGAAGAGGAACAAGUUAUAUGUCCCCAGAGUAACUUAGGGCUCGAUGAUGAAGAGGAACAAGUUAUAUGUCCCCAGAGUAACUUAGGGCUCGAUGAUGAAGAGGAACAAGUUAUAUGUCCCCAGAGUAACUUAGGGCUCUAUGAUGAAGAGGAACAAAUUAUAUGUCCCCAGAGUAACUUAGGGCUCGAUGAUGAAGAGGAACAAGUUAUAUGUCCCCAGAGUAACUUAGGGCUCGAUGAUGAAGAGGAACAAGUUAUAUGUCCCCAGAGUAACUUAGGGCUCGAUGAUGAAGAGGAACAAGUUAUAUGUCCCCAGAGUAACUUAGGGCUCGAUGAUGAAGAGGAACAAGUUAUAUGUCCCCAGAGUAACUUAGGGCUCGAUGAUGAAGAGGAACAAGUUAUAUGUCCCCAGAGUAACUUAGGGCUCGAUGAUGAAGAGGAACAAGUUAUAUGUCCCCAUGGUAACUUAGGGCUCGAUGAUGAAGAGGAACAAGUUUUAUGUCCCCAGAGUAACUUAGGGCUCGAUGAUGAAGAGGAACAAGUUAUAUGUCCCCAGAGUAACUUAGGGCUCGAUGAUGCAAGAGGAACAAGUUAUAUGUCCCCAGAGUAA